AUGACCACUCUGCUUUUGGUACUUGUGUGUCUGCGUGUCAUUGCAGCAACUAUUUCUGUUGAAGUUUCUGAUAAUGAUAAGGCACUGAGUGUGAAGAUUGCUGCCCACUCUCCAGUGAAGGCUGUUAUAGCAAGCUCUGUGACUAUUCCCUGCUACUUCAUCAAUUCAACACCACUCUCACCAGAUAUCCAGUUGGCAUCUCUGCUAACUCCGAGAAUCAAAUGGACCAAAAUCUCAAGUAAAGGGAAAGAAACAGUCAUUUUAGUUGCCACUUCUGGGAAAGUAAAGACUAGCCAAGAAUACAAAGGACGAGUUAAGCUGUUAAGCUACCAAGAAAUCCCCAGUGAUGCCACAUUGGAGCUGGAUACGCUCAAGUCAAGUGAUUCAGGAAUCUACCGCUGUGAAGUAAUGUAUGGCAUCGAAGACAGCCAGGAUACUGUGGAGCUGGAUGUUAAAGGUGUUGUCUUCCAUUAUCGUGCGAUCUCCAGCAGAUACACUCUGAACUUCUACAAAGCCCAGCAGGCUUGCAUUGACAACACUGCGACAAUCGCAACCCCAGAACAACUGCUGGCAGCGUAUGAAGAUGGCUAUGAUCAGUGCGAUGCUGGCUGGUUGGCUGAUCAAACAGUAAGGUACCCAAUUCAUGAACCACGAGAGGGUUGUUUCGGCAACUUGUAUAUGCAUCCAGGAGUCAGAUCAUAUGGAAUUAGAGACACAAAUGAAACUUAUGAUGUUUAUUGUUUUGCAAAAGAAAUAACUGGUAUUGUCUUCUAUGUAACAAGCCCUGAAAAGUUUACCUUUAAGGAAGCUGCUGAUGCCUGUCUUCAACAAGAAGCCCGCUUGGCCACCACAGGGCAGCUAUAUUUGGCAUGGAAGGACGGCAUGGAUCAGUGCAACACAGGUUGGCUUGCCGAUGCCAGUGUUCGUUACCCAAUUUCUAAGCGAAGACCGAAUUGUGGCGGGAACCUGAUAGGUGUGAGAACUGUCUACCAGUACGCCAACCAGACUGGUUACCCUAACUCCCUUUCCCGGCAUGAUGCCUACUGCUUCUCUGCAACUCCUGAUGUGGAAGCGUUUACUGAAAUAUACCCAGCUACAGAACCAGACGAGGCAUUUAGUGACGAAGGCAGUGCACUCUUCACAGUCCAAACCAUAACUGAAAAGGUAGAGCCCUUCUUCCCAAAAAUCACCACAGACAGUGAAGCCCUAGGCAAAAUUAUUACUCUCAGCCCUUUUGACAUUAUUACAGUAACUCCCUCGCUCACUGAGCAGGCCGAAACGGAGGUUCUCAAUGCCACGCUGUUCCCAGAAGGCCUCACACCAAAGACUGAAGAAGACUUUAUGAAUGUUACCGAUUCUGAGUUUUCUAUGCCAUCUGUCACUGCAGAAAUUAUUGUUACUGAAGUCUCAAUAAUCCCCGAAAACAUAACAGUUAUUCAGGAAAUCAGUACACCUGGAACAAUAGCACCAGUCACCGAAGAACUCAUGGUCACAGGACUCGGAACCUCUGUAGAAGUAACAACGGAGGCUUUAGUGCCAACUGCAGGCACCAUUGAGGGAUUAACAACAAGUUCUGCAGAAGUGACAAUAACCCCAGAUGUUAUGGAAGAAAGCUCAACAUCAGAAUCAAGCAUUUCUCUUAGCCCAAUAUCUCCAACUGGAAUUGUUUUCCAUUACCGUGCUGUCUCAAGCAGGUACACCCUGAACUUCACCGAGGCCAAAAUUGCCUGCUUGGAAAAUAAUGCCAUCAUUGCCACUCCUGAGCAGCUCCAGGCAGCCUACAAUGAAGGAUACAAUCAAUGUGACGCAGGCUGGCUCUCUGACCAGUCAGUCAGAUACCCAAUAGUGAACCCAAGGACCCGGUGUUUUGGUGAUAAGGAUGGUUUCCCCGGGGUAAGAAACUAUGGCAUCCGAAAUCCAGAUGAAGCUUAUGAUGUGUACUGCUACAUCGACAAUCUAAACGGGGUGGUGUUUCAUGGAGCAGUGGCUGGGGGACUGACUUACCAGGAAGCAAGUGAUUACUGCCUUGAUCAUGACGCAGUGAUGGCCAGCACUGGACAAUUGUAUGCAGCCUGGAAACUUGGAAUGGAUAAAUGCCGAGCAGGCUGGCUUGCUGAUGGCAGCGUUAGGUACCCCGUCAGGAUCCCUAGACACUUAUGCGGUAGUGGCCGCAUUGGAGUCCGAACUGUUUAUUUGAAUCUCAAUCAAACAGGGUAUCCUGCUCCUGAGUCGCGUUAUGAUGUCUAUUGCUUUAGAGCUCAAGUCAUCACUCCUGUGGUAGAUGGGAUCACGGAAGACACAGUCAUUGAGAACUUCACUGUACCUGUGAUUCUGCUGGACAGAGUGUCUGCAACCCCUGAGUUUGAGCUCCAAGCAACAAAGACAUCAAGACCAGAAGAAGUGGAAAGGGGAGUGUCUGAAGUUCUUGUCUUGGACACUUCAGAGCAGCCCAAUGCUACACUGGGCGUGACCGAAGAAAUGAUAGCUACCCAUCUGGUACCAGUUGUGGACAUGUUGCCUCCUGUCAACGCAACAGUUUCUCUGCUUCCUGAGUUCAGCACUGAAGCAAGCUUAAUUGAGGAUAUCACAGUAGAAGAGGUGGAGAAGCCCAUUGUCACACUAACACCCACAGCAGAAUUCACAGGCCCUACUGAGAUAACAUCUCUCCCAGAGGCAGAUGUCAGUGGAGAACCUUCUGGAACACCAGAUGUUAGUGGAGAAUCUUCUGGAACACCUGAUGUUAGCGGAGAAUCUUCUGGAAUACCAGAUGUUAGUGGAGAACCUUCUGGAAUGCCUGAUGUUAGUGGAGAACCUUCUGGAAUACCUGAUGUUAGUGGAGAACCUUCUGGAAUACCUGAUGUUAGUGGAGAGCCUUCUGGAAUACCUGAUGUUAGUGGAGAACCUUCUGGAAUACCUGAUGUUAGUGGAGAGCCUUCUGGAAUACCUGAUGUUAGUGGAGAACCUUCUGGAAUACCUGAUGUUAGUGGAGAACCUUCUGGAAUACCUGAUGUUAGUGGAGAACCUUCUGGAAUACCUGAUGUUAGUGGAGAACCUUCUGGAAUACCUGAUGUUAGUGGAGAACCUUCUGGAACACCAGAUGUUAGUGGAGAACCUUCUGGAAUGCCCGAUAUAAGUGGAGAAGCUUCCGGAAUACCAGAUGUUAGUGGAGAACCUACUGGAAUGCCUGAUAUAAGUGGAGAACCUUCUGGAAUACCUGAUGUUAGUGGAGAACCUUCUGGAAUGCCUGAUAUAAGUGGAGAACCUUCUGGAAUACCUGAUGUUAGUGGAGAACCUUCUGGAAUACCUGAUGUUAGUGGAGAACCUUCUGGAAUGCCUGAUAUAAGUGGAGAACCUUCUGGAAUACCUGAUGUUAGUGGAGAACCUUCUGGAAUACCAGAUGUUAGUGGAGAACCUUCUGGAAUACCUGAUGUUAGUGGAGAACCUUCUGGGAUACCGGAUGUUAGUGGAGAACCUUCUGGAAUACCUGAAGUUAGUGGAGAACCUUCUGGAAUACCUGAUAUUAGUGGAGAACCUUCUGGAAUACCAGAUAUAAGUGGAGAACCUUCUGGAAUGCCUGCUGUUAGUGGAGAACCUUCUGGAAUACCUGAUAUAAGUGGAGAACCUUCUGGAAUGCCUGAUGUUAGUGGAGAACCUUCUGGAAUACCUGAUAUAAGUGGAGAACCUUCUGGAAUGCCUGAUGCUAGUGGAGAACCUUCUGGAAUACCUGAUCUUAGUGGAGAACCUUCCGGAAUACCUGAUGUUAGUGGAGAACCUUCUGGAAUGCCUGAUGUUAGUGGAGAGCCUUCUGGAAUGCCUGAUGUUAGUGGAGAGCCUUCUGGAAUGCCUGAUGUUAGUGGAGAACCUUCUGGAAUGCCUGAUGUUAGUGGAGAACCUUCUGGAAUGCCUGAUGUUAGUGGAGAAUCAUCUGGAAUCAUUGAUUUUAGUGGCAGCCUUUCUGGAAUGCCUGAUGUUAGUGGGGCAUCUUCUGGAAUGCCUGAUAUCAGUGGGGAAUCUUCUGGAAUGCCUGAUAUCAUUGGGGAAUCUUCUGGAAUGCCUGAUAUUAGUGGAGAAUCUUCUGGAAUGCUUGAUAUUAGUGGGGAAUCUUCUGGAAUGCUUGAUAUUAGUGGGGAAUCUUCUGGAUUGCCUAUCAUUACUCUGGUCCCUACAGAACUGGAAGAAAUCAAAAUGACUAUUACAGAAGUGGAAGCAGCUGUUCCACCUCAAGUCUCACCAAACAUUGUGGUCGAACCUAUGGAAGUUGAAGUUGUCCCAGGCCCAUGUCAAGGCAGCCCCUGUGGUGCAGGAGUCUGUUUAGUGAUAGAUGGAACCUUCCAUUGUGAAUGUCCUGCUGGAUUUUCAGGAGAAAACUGUGAAAUAGAGAUUGACGAGUGCCACUCGAGCCCUUGUCUGAAUGGAGCUACCUGCAUCGAUGGCAACGACUCAUUCAAAUGCUUGUGCCUACCCAGCUAUGGAGGGAACCUCUGUGAAAUUGAUGUGGAGACAUGCGAGAUUGGUUGGAAAAAGUUUGAGAGUCAUUGUUACCGACACUUCAGCGACCGACAGACCUGGGAGGAUGCGGAGCACCAGUGCAGGGAGCACAAAGCUCACCUCGCCAGCAUUGUUUCCCCUGAGGAACAAGAGUUUGUCAAUGGCAAUGCACAGGAUUAUCAGUGGAUCGGACUAAAUGACAAGGCAAUAGAAGGGGAUUUCCAUUGGUCUGAUGCCACCCCGCUGCUGUAUGAAAACUGGCGUCCCAAUCAACCCGACAGUUUCUUUAGCACCGGAGAAGAUUGUGUGGUCAUGAUUUGGCACGAAAAUGGUCAAUGGAAUGAUGUGCCUUGCAAUUACCACCUGCCUUACACAUGCAAGAAAGGAACAGUUGCUUGUGGGCCACCUCCUGUGAUAGAAAAUACCAGAAGUUUGGGGAAAAAGAAGGAUCGUUUUGAAAUUGGCUCCUUAGUACGGUACCAAUGUAAUGAUGGGUUCCUACAACGGCAUAUUCCCAUCAUCAGAUGUCAGUCAGACGGACAGUGGGACCAGCCAAAGAUUACGUGCAUAGACAUCUCCACAUAUAAUCGCCGACCUCAAAGGAGGAGUGACGCAAGUAGGCCACACGUGCAGCCUGACCCUGGGGCCUCACACAGCUCUGAGCCUUAAGUGGGAAAAAAAAGUAUAGAAUUCUAUUCCAGAACAUUUAUAUUAACAAAGAUUAAUUU